AUGUUAGACAAUAUCAAAGGAGAAAGGUAUGUGCUAUAUCCGAGAUUCGAGCAGAUGCUUCUUGAUGAUCAAAUUCAGAAUCUGCCGAAAGCUGAUGGUGAUGAGUUAAGACUAGAACAUAUGGAUAGUGAGACGUUGAAGCGAUUAGACGUCUACAGAGGAGUUAAAAAGGGAGAUGAACCAAUGUUCAGACAGAAGUUUGUGGCAAUAAAGAAAGCAGAUUAUGAAGCUCCAAAGGACGAUAAGUGGAGGCAUGACAAUAGCGAUUCGGGUGAUGAAACAAAGAAAAUGGAGCUGCUUAUUCUCAAGAAGACCAGAUGGUGGAUUAAGGAAGGUGAAAAGACGAGGAAGAGAACUCCGAAAGUUACAACUCCUAAAGUUGUUCAAAAGGGUAAAACAAAGAAGCAGGAAUCACCACGACGAUUGGUAGAUGAAUCAUUUGAAUUUCUUACUAAAAAUGUUAAUCUAAAUGUUGCAGGUGACACAGAUACAAAGAAGAAGAAAUCUCCACCUCAUUUGGUUGAUGAACCUGUUAUUCCUCCACAAGAGGUAAUUGAUAGAGGUGUUGAUCUUUUUAACAUGUCAUUUGCCGUCUAUGAAAGUUUAUUAGCUGCUCAGGUUGCUAAAGAUGAUGCAAAGACUACUGAGAAUGUAGAAGCUGAAGCUGGUGGAGAAACAUUGAAAGAGAAAUUGGUUGAAGGCGAGGUGCACACUGAUUCAAGUGAAACUGAAAGCGAGCUUGAAGUUACGCAGAUAGCACCUACUUCAUAUGUUAGUGGAAAGUUCAAGUUGAAGAAAACUCCAAAGAAAAAGAAAGCGUCAGAUGAAGAAGAUGCAACAUACGAGCCUACACCAGUAGAGAAAGAAAAGUUGAAAAAGAAAAGGAUUCGAAAGCGAAAAGCUCGUCCAACUGGUGAACUUCCAAAGAGACACAAAGUUAGAAAAGUCACAACUUCUAUUCCUGAGCAAAUCCCAGAGAAAGAAAAGCCUGAAAGUAUUGAAGUAGAAAUUACUGUUCAAAGUGAGUUCAAAAUUGCAACUCCUCCACCUUCUCCUGUUCAACGAUCAGUUCCCAUUCCUGAAGAAGUUCGUGAGAAAACUCCUAAACAACCUCCAAAGACAGUUGAAGAACCUAGUUCAGCGACAAAGAAACCUCCAACUCCUCAAAGCUCAAGUCAUGGUUUUCUGAGGAUUCCGUCUGAUCUUGGUUCUGGUCCAACUGGUCUAGAAGACUUUGAGCUCAAAGCUACGAAAGAAAAGCUAAAAGAUGUUGAGGCAGAGAAUCUCGCGUUGAUAUAUGAAGUUGAGGAGUUGACAAAUGAAGUUGAAGAGUUAACAGAAAAGAUUCUAGAUGUUGAAGCUCAAUACAAGGCAAUGAAUGAGUCAAACAAGACGAUAUUAGAGAUGCAUUGUGAUUUGCAAGUAUCAAGGACGAGUGCAAAUGAAAUCUUGAAGAAAGAUGUGGAAGAAUUGAGAGCAGACAAAGAAAUCAAAGAUGAACAGAUCAAGAUGUUGUUUGCAAUGAUUGAAGAUCGCCUUGGAAUAAAUGUUCACGCAGCUUUUGAUCGAAUUCCAAAGAAAAGAAAAGGUGUUGUUAUUGAUACUGAAGAGAUUCUUGGAUCGUCAAGUCAACAAGAGCAGCCGCAACCUGAUGCUGAGAUAAAUGUUUCACAUGAUGAAGUUAAUAUUGUUGAUGCUGAGAUGAAAGAUGCAGAGGUUGAGGUCAAUGCGGCAGAUAUUGAGGUGAAUCUUGCUAUAAUUCCUUUACCUUCGUUCAUUCUGGUUGAUCAACAAGAUGAUAAAGAUGACAAAGGUGACAAAGAUGAUAAAGAUGAUAAAGGAAAUGAUGAUGAAGAUGGUGUUGGUGGUGCUUCGAAUGUGAAAUCAUCAGGUACGAGUCAAGUUGAGGAUUUUAUGAAUGAUGAGCAGAAUGAGGAACGUGAUGAAGCUCAACAUCAGGGGAAGUCUUCUUCUAGAACUAAGCAUGCUGAUCUUCAUCAGGUAUUUUCUAACACUCUAAAAGUUAUUUAUCUUAAUCAUACUAAAGAAGAGGGAGAGAUAGUAGAAAACUGGACGAGGGAGUCCAUGUUGGAAAGCUUGGAUAUGGAAGAUGAUAAGUUCAAGUUUGACAUUGAAGAAGAAAUUCCACCAACUCCUGAUCGUGAGUAUGUGUUCAAAUUCGUUAAUGAGGCAAAUAAUUUUGAUAAUGUGGUCGUUGAAGAUGGAUCGGAUUCUGACCAGGAAGUUCCAUUUCAUUAUACUGGUCUAUGA